AUCAGUCUUACAUGGGAGUCAAAUUCACUGGACAAUUAGAAUUUGAUUUGUUCCAUUCUCUUAUACUCUCUGUGCCUUGCACUGUUAAAUGAGAUAUAUAAAAUUCAAAGGCUAAUAGCCAAAAAAUAUUCAUUCAAACUUUAAUAGUCUUCAAAGAGUGUGGUGACAAUUCUAGUUAAGGCAGAAACGUAAGGAAAGCAAAAAAACAGAUGUUCCUAGCAAGAGUCCUCCUUUCAGCUGCUUUGAUUUCCAUGGCACUAGCUGUGCGAUGGGCUAGUAUGUGUGCUGGCAAGUCCACCAAUGAGAUCCGGACGUGUGACAGCCAUGGCUGUGGGCAGUACUCUCCUAAAAGAAAUCAGAGGCCUCACCAAGGUGUGGACAUUCUGUGCUCCGAUGGAUCUACUGUGUAUGCACCAUUCACCGGAAUGAUUGUGGGCCAGGAGAAACCUUAUAAAAACAAAAAUGCCAUCAAUAAUGGCGUCCGGCUCUCUGGAAGAGGUUUCUGUGUCAAAAUUUUCUACAUUAAGCCAAUUAAAUACAAAGGUUCCAUCAAGAAAGGAGAGAGACUUGGAACUCUACUGCCGCUGCAGAAAGUUUAUCCUGGCAUACAGUCCCAUGUACACAUUGAAAACUGUGACCUGAGUGACCCCACUGUGUACCUGUGAGCAGAAAAUAAAAACCAGAUCUUAUCAAUAAAAAAUCAUCUUAAAAACUUUGAUGUCCUACAUCUGAAGCAACCUGUGUUCAAACAGAAACACAAUGAAUGGAAGAAAGAUGAAAUCUUAUUUUGACUGUCACUCUGAUGUUUGUGUUUGAAUUGGUAUUGUAGGGCUUUUAGAUUUCUGUCACCUAUAGUAGUUUUAUGUUUUUGUUUUCUAAGUCCUGCAGACCUAAGGUAAAUAAACAAGUGAAUCCAA